AUGGCCACUACUAAAGUUCCGGAACAAAAAGUCAUUCUUUGCGGAGAAUUUGGAGUUGGGAAAAGCUCACUUUUUAGAAGAUUUGCUACAAAUACUUUUGUUUCAUGUUCAGAUCGCCAUUCGACCCUUGGACUUGAUCACUUUGAUAAAAUAUUUAAUGUUCAUGGCAGAAGUGUUCGCCUCCAGCUAUGGGACACAGGAGGAAUGGAAAGAGUUGCCUCUAUAACAAGUAGUUACUACAAGUUUGCAGAAGCAGCCAUACUAGUGUUUAGCUUUGACAGUCCCGAUUCCUUCAAUAUCUUAUCCCAACACUUACUGGACAUAGUUACCUAUGCUGAAAGUGCCAAAAUAUUUCUGUGUGGAAAUAAGACGGAUCUGUUGAGCCAGAAUUCCAAUGACUCUAUCACAGAUGCCGAUAUCGAAAACUUCUGUGAGCAGUGCCACAAUCUUGUGAGUGGAAUUUAUAAAACUUCAUGUAAAUCAGGUGCAGGUGUAGAAGAAAUGUUUAAUGAUAUCGCGAGGCAAUUGGUUGGCACCUGCAGAGUCAAAGAUAUUGAGUUAGAAGUGAAAGAUUCCUUUAAAGUUAGUGCUCAGGAUGAACCAAACCAAUCCUGCUCUUGCUAGUUUUCCUGAUUGAUUCCAGGGUUCGUACGCUCCUUCAAAACUCCUCCAAUACUCCUUCAUUUAGGAAAUUUUUUUGAAGGGCCCUCCAAUACUCCUUCAUUUUGGUUUUAACUCCUUCAAAACUCCUUCUUUUUUAGUUCAAGACUACAUAAUCUUCUUCUAUGACAAUAACUAAAAUAUUUCAAUCGACAACUUAACUUCAUCACAAGGGCGAUUGUAUAAAGGCGAUUUUAAUGUAAUUUCGUGUAUAUAUAUAUAUAUAUAUAUAUAUAUAUAUAUAUAUAUAUAUGUUUCAUAAAGAUGUGAUUUACAAAUUGAUAUAGAAGUCAUAAAAGUUGAAGGUGAAAAUGUUAUUAGUUAACUAAGACGUUUCACAAGUGAAGUAAAACAUGCUUAAAUGGUGCUUGGCUAUUUCUCCAAGUUUUAUGAUUAUUGUUUCUCUCUCCUUCCACCACACUCACAGCAACAAAAGUCAGGUUGUCUAAUUAUUUAAAUAUUUAUAAAUACAUACGUUGAUGUACUAUACUAAGCGAGUGUGUUAAAAAAACAAUUGUUUAGUAAAUUGCAGAUAUGAUGUUUUAAAAAGGGUCAUCCACAAGUGAUGUCAUGCCUUGAGGGGGAGACGGGUUCAUGAAAUUGUGAUAAGGGGAAGAGAGAGGGUGACAUCACAGCUAUUAUAACAAUAUGUUUUUAAAAUAUGUGACUUCUAGCAAGAGGAAGAGUUAGGUGAAGUGUGACACUUUGUGACAAGGGGGUAAGGGGGUCAAAUAUGUUGAAAUAAAGUGCAACAUCAUUAACUGACAGCCCAUUAGUACGCCUUCAAAAUCUCAUUUUACUCCUUCAAAACUCCUUCAUUUUAUUUCUGAAAUUGAGUACGAACCCUGGAUUCACUUAUACUGUAUGGAAUGUUUUAUACUUUAAAAUAAUAUUUAAAUGUAAAGUUUUGAAUGCUAGUCACUAACAGUAUUUGUAAUAGUGAUUUUUUAAAAUAUAUUUAUUUGUAUCAGAACAUAAAUCUCUUAUUUUGCUAAACUGGUUUAAAUUUAAGAUGUGUCAACAGUUAAUGUGGCACACACAAGCGCGAAACGAUUUGAUUUCUGCUAUAGUUGGUGCUUUGUGUAUUUAAUAACAGUUUUAAUAGAAGCAAUGCAAGUUUUCUUUUCAUAUUUACAACCUAUGUGUGGUGUGCUUUUUGAAAGCAGUUUCAUUAUGUGAUUUCUCUUCGAUGGAUUAUCUACUUACUUUAGUUUAAAUUUUACUUUUAUUUUAUACUUCGGUAACUGAAAGUACAUAAAUGUAUUUAUUCUUCCUGGCACAUUUUUAUUUAUUGGCACUAACGAUGUCUUCCAGAGGAGAAACAAUAAAAAGUCUUUUAUUUUAACAAGGGGCAUGUAAUGUUAAACAAUGUUCAGAAAAAUCUUCUGUGUAGUGCUAAAUUAAGUUAAUGUGAAUCUUUUUUUUUUUUUUUUUUUCAAUUUGAUUUUAGUUAGUUUCUUAACUUAGAUUUUCACAUUUUUCUUCUCAUAAAUUGGCUAAAUAUCAGUUGAAUUAUUUACAUUUUUGAGAUUUAAGAAAUUCUGUAUCAAUAAUUAAACUUUUUUCCUAAGGUUGGCUUCUUUAAUAUUACAAAAUUUAGUCACUGUUCAUCAUUUCAAGAUCCAAAGUAAAGUAACUUUUAAUUAUAAUUGCUUGAAAUAUUAGUUUUUACAUUAUUGCUGCAUAGAGGGGGAAAAUUAAUUUUCUUAAAAAGCCG